AUGGCGGCGUCGCCCAGCCAGCUCCCGGACGUGCUGCAGGUCGCUUCCCCCAUGCCGGCGAAUCCGGCCCGCGCAGAGUGGCGUGGGGAAACUUUGUUUCCCACGCCCUCACCCUUCGCGGCGCAGGGGCCGCGGCGGAGCCAGCGUGGCGGGCAAGUGGCUCUCCGCACCCAGCUCCGAACCCCAGGCGCCGCAAGCACGCACCCGGUGCCGCGCAGCAACGACGUCCGGAAGGUCUUUCACGGGCCACGGCGAAUGCGCAGCCGGAUUUACCAGGCGGCGCGGGGGGCCACGAAGAAGCGGCCGGCCGCGCUCCCACGACGCGGGCAGGCCAAACGCGACCGAGGUGGCCGCGUGUGCCCCAAAAAGGGGGAUAACAACGCACGGCCCAGUAAGAAGCACGAGGGCCUUUCCCACGACGCGCAACGCGGCCCGCAGGGAGAGAGCGGGCGGGAGCGGCGCGCUGUGUCGCCGCCGGCGGGGAAGGGAGACGGGCGCGGGCA